AUGGAAUUUGCAAAUAAUGGUGAUUUAUAUACUUAUAUCCAACAAAAACAUCAUUUAUUAAAUUGGAACAAAAGAUUGAAUUUGGCUUUACAAAUUGCAAAUGGAUUAUCUGUGUUGCAUAGUGAAGAAAUUAUUCACAGAGAUCUGCAUGACAAAAACAUUCUUAUUCAUAACGAUGAAGCAAAAAUAGCUGACCUUGGGCAUGCCAGAAAUGACAAUAUGGAAACACAUGUUCAUAGUAGUCUUUUUGGAGCGACUCCUUUUUUAGCACCUGAAUUACUAAAUAAUAGUAAUAAUUUUAGGAAUCUUCCAUAUUGUAAGCAAACGGAUAUUUAUAGCCUUGGUUUUUUAUUUUGGGAAUUGGCUAGCGGUCGCCGACCAUUCGAAAAUAUCUUGAGUUCCAGUUCUAUGAAUAUCACUAGUUUUUGCGUUAAGAUUAUUAAUGGCACAAGAGAAGAUCCGGUCGAUGGAACUCCUGAUGAUUAUGAAAAUCUUUAUAAUAGAUGUUGGAAAACUGAUCCAAAUGAACAACGUUGA